AAGAACAGGAGUGAAAAGGAGGUCUCCAGCCCUGAUACUGGCUCUCUGAGAAGGCAAGAAGAAGGGGGUAGAGACUCUGGUUGAACAAGGCCAGCUUUACUCGUCCUCUGCAGGAGCCCUUGCUGUGGUCUAAAGAAAAGCAGGCCCAGGGACUGAAAGGUGGGGCAGCUGGUUUGUAGAAUCCUGGGAGAAUUGGGAAGGGAGACAGGAUAGAGCUUGGUCCCUGUCCAGGAAGAAGUGAGUGGUGAGCUGGUCAGACUGAGGCAGAAGUCCAUGCAGGGGUCAGUUUGGGUGGGGACGGCUCUGGGGCCAAGGCACAGGCGGCAGCAGCCAGCCUGAGAAGCUACGUCUGGCCAGUCUGCUUUCAUAGGUGGGUUGUCAAGAUCAUGGGCAGGUUUCAGAGCACCUCAGCCCUAACUGCAGCAGCCUCAGGGGCUGGGGUAUGAGGGUCCAGAAGUAGGGUGUGCCCCAUUGUAGGGAAGAGAUUGGCCAGUUCCCCAGGGGAAGGAGCAGUGCCUCGGCUUGGGGCUGAGGCGCAUUUCUCCAGGGCUGGGAGGCGUCCAGGAUGGUGAGCCAGUGAGCACUGGUGAGCCAGCCGACUGAUGGACCAGAGAGGCUCGUCCAGGCAGAGAGACUGGACAGGGGACAGCUGGGGGCUCCAUCAGCUGACAGGUAUCAUCAGUCAAGCUACAGGUGUCUGUCAAGCAGCCAGGUGGUCAGCUAGACAUGCUCUUGGCCAGAUUCACACUUGCAACCCACUGUGCCAUUGGUUAGUGAGAUUGGGUGGUCAGGCACAGGCGGACAACCUGUUUCCCAGAAAUGGUCAGGCAGUUAGCCAGACCUUCAACCAGGGCAGCCGGGUGGUCAGUCUGACAAGGUGGAGACAUCUUGUGGCUGGCAGGCUGGAGGUCGUGUGGUCCAGCAGAGAGGCUAGCUGAUGGCCUCCUGAUGCCAGCUGGCCACCCAGACUGUUGGUAGCUGGUUGGAGGUCAGAGAAGACCACAGGGGCACAGUGUUGGCAGGUACUUCUCAGCACCCUGAGUCGUCAGGUAGCCAGUUCACUGGACAGUCCAAUUGUGGGGACUGUGAGCCAGUGACAGCGCAGGGAGCUGUGGACAUUUGCGGGGCUGCCCUGGAGGCCUCAGGUGCCCUCACAGUCUGUCAGGAGACCCCAGAUGGUCAAUCCUCCAAAGACGGCCAGAGCCUCGGGGACGCAGACACUCACGCUCGUCCCACCCACCUGGCCCCAUGGCAGCCUCCCAGCUGGCAGCACUGGAAGAGGAGGAACUAGGGGCUGGGGUGAGGUCCCCUGGCUUCUUGUAUUCUGAGGGUCAGCGGCUGGCGCUGGAAGCCCUGCUGAGCAAGGGGGCAGAGGCCUUCCAGGCCUGUGUACAACAGGAGGGGCUGCGGCCCUUCCUGAGCGGGGACGAGGUCCAGGGCUUGGCGGCGGCUGCUGAAGACUGGACAGUAGCCAGGCAAGAGCCCGGCGGGGCAGCAGAAAGAGCCACCACCACCGAAGGGGACGGGGGCAGUCUGACCUACUGGCCUGGCCAGUCAGAGGAACCAGCACCUGUGCUGCGACUUGGCUGGCCAGAGGACACUUCCUGGAAGGGCAUCACCCGAGCACAGCUGUACACACAGCCCCCUGGCGAGGGCCACCCGCCUCUCAAGGAGCUGGUGCGCCAGGAAAUCCAAGCUGCCCACAAGCUGGUGGCCGUGGUCAUGGAUGUCCUCACUGACCCAGACCUGCUCUCGGACUUGGUCGACGCCGCCUUGCGCCGCUGGGUGCCCGUCUACCUGCUCCUGGACGGCCAGCAGCUGCCUGCCUUCCUGGUGCUGGCCCAGCAGCUGGGGGUGAACCCCUGGGCCACAGAGAACCUGGACGUCCGCAUCGUGCGGGGCUGCACUUUCCAGAGCCGCUGUCGACGGCAGGUGAGCGGCAGCGUGCGAGAGAAGUUCGUGCUCCUCGACGGUGACAGGGUCAUCUCAGGAUCCUACAGCUUCACGUGGAGUGACGCCCGCCUGCACCGCGGUCUGGUGACUCUGAUGACCGGAGAGAUCGUCGAUGCUUUCAGUCGUGAGUUCCGGACACUGUAUGCAGCCUCGUGGCCACUCCCACCCAUGCCCGCCCAGGGCCCCCUCGUCAGCGUCGCGGGAGACGGGCAGCUGGCCCGCAGCCCACACCGUGUGGCUCACCGCUGCCCUGUAGCCCCUGUGUCACGCCUGCCACCCAACGGGCCACUGGCCCACCGCCUGGCUGCCUGCCGCAUCCUCGAGGGGGACAGGCAGGAGUCCCCUGCCCCACCAGGGCCCGCUCUCAGUGACAUCCUAAGAAGCGUCCAGCGUGCCCGGACUGGCAGUGGCCCCCCGACUCGGCCCAGCCGCUCCCUGUGGGACCUGAGCCGCCUGUCCCAGAUGUCAGGCUCCAGUGACGGUGACAAUGAGGUAAGACCUGGUGGCUGCUGCCGGAGGACAGAGGUGACAGCAGAGGCCCAGGAAGGGGAAGGUAGCACCCACAGGGUUGCCUGGGUUCCCGGGUCCUACUCUGAACCCCAGAACAGGAAGUGUUUUCCAGGGCCAACCGCACGCCCCGCACCGGGGAGGCACGAAGAGCGAGCUGCUGGCCUCCGUGUGCAACUGCGGGGCCCAUUCAUGAGCCUCCUCCACGUGUUGGGGGGCAAGCUCUGGGCAGCAGGGGGCAGAAAAAGACCCCUGAGCCUUGGGUGCCACGUGCUUCCCUGAACCCCAGGUUCUCAUCUAGGGGGUGGGCUGAGCAGUUGAGCUCCUUCCCGGCCUGGGGGAAACGGAAUUCACGUUUUAUUCAUUGCAUUCUCACCCCGGGCCGGGAGGUCACACUGCUGUCAUGCUGAUUGUUACCAAGGGGAAAGUGGAGGCUCAGAUCAAGUAACUCGCCCCAGGUUGGAAUAACCAUCCUUUAGACAACCAACCUGCUUUGUCACCUCGCCAUGCCCAGCACUUUCACAAGACCAGCUAAUCUACCCACUUCACAGAGGGGGAAACCAAGGCCCAGAGCCCUGGCUGCCCCCCGAGUGGGCUUUUCAAUGGUCCGCUUCCUGGAUCUGAGAGUCACAAGGCUGUAGGGGGAGAGGAUUAUGGGAGCCCAAGGGAUUGUCGCUCCUGCUGCUCAGACAAAGAGGUUCCAAGGAACCGGUUGGACCUCACGGGAGGACCCUGAUCAGGUGACUUUUCCUCUGAGUCUCAGUCUCCUCAGCCACAAAGUGAGCUGCUGGGGGGGUCCGAGCAGCACCACGUAGGGGAGACAGGCAGACACGCCUAUGGCACAGCCCCUCUGAGCUGGACCCCAGCCUCAGUCUCCCCAUCUGCUAAGUGGGAGCCAGAGGCUUCUCCCCGGGGCCAGACACCCGGGACUGGCUCCCUCCUCCCAGUCAGCGACUUCCUGGAGCUGGAGGAGGAGACAGGGGCUAGGCAGGGGCAAGGUUCUCACCUCCACCUCCACCUGGUCCCCUGCCACCUUGACCCUGCAUCACCUCCCUUAGCAAAUAUUUGUCCCCCCCUCCCCAGGCAGCUGCCAGCUGCUUCCAGUUCCUCCCACCUGCAAAGCCGCAGGAGGGAUGUGCCUCCUUGCCCCCUCGGGUCUGGGGGUGCCAGACCUCCCCUCCACCCUACCUGCUUCCCUGACAUCUCCCCCCACCUCCCUCCCUCCCUCUUCCU